CUACUUCUCGUUCAGCCUCAAUAUCUUUGCGACGGCUGAUGCGGUAGGUGACUUCAGAGCCUUGCGGCUUCUAAGGCAGAGCUUGCAGUGGCCGGGUCAGCAGCAAUGGCCAAAUUUCGGGCGACAGACCUGAUUUUCCCGCGUUCUUUCCCCGUUCAGAGUUUCGGAGAAAAGUCUUCAGUUUGGUCUGUUCAAAGCCCAGAACUAAUCGCGUACAAGACGGCCCUCAAAGAAUUAAAUGUGGAAUUCCAGUCUUGUGGACAAAAGCUAUCUGGACGAAGCUGCAUCCGUCAAUAUUUAAGGCAGUUAUAG